UUUUAUUUAUAGCAGAAAAUAAUAUUUAUUGAUAUGAUUAUAAUUUGUAGUCCAGGUCAUGUGACCUCAGGUCCAGGUCUUCAGCUGCAGGGUUAAAUUUAACCCAUGACGUCACUGGCUGUCAGUACUGGCCCAUCUGGACCUGAGGUCCAGUCACAGCUGCGACCUGAGGAGGAAGCUACAGCUGUUUUCAGUUCAUCUGACCUGGAUCUGGAGACUCGGUGCUGCUCGGACGUCUGGACCCAGUCACAUGUUGCUGUCUCAGGUCACUCCAACCUUGUUUCUGAGCGGGGCCGACGCCCCCUUCAACGCUGCGCUGAUGUCACAGAAAGGUAUCACCCUGAUUGUUAAUGCCACGUUAGACCACGCCUUCCCUACCUAUCCAGGUGUGGAGUGUGUGCGCGUUCCCGUCUGCGACCUUCCUAGUUCUCGUCUCGGAGAACACUUUGAGCGAGUGGCUGAGCGUAUCCAUGGAAACCAUGCAGGAAGCACACUGGUUCACUGCGCCGCGGGGAGGAGCCGCUCGCCGGCGCUGGUCAUGGCGUACCUGAUGCGCUUCAGAGGCGUGACUCUGUGCCAGGCUCACCGCUGGGUCCUGAAGAGCCGACCCUUCAUCUGCCUAAACGCAGGGUUCUGGGAGCAGCUGCUGCAGUACGAGAAGAGGCUGUACGGACGCAACACCAUUCGUGUGGAGCAGGAGAGGGCGGAGCCAAUGCAAACCACACCCCCUCCACAGUACAACAGGCUAACUCUGGUUCCCAGGUCACCUGCAGUUACUCGCACUCCUCUGAUGUCGCGUGUGAAGGUGAUGAUGUCACCAAAGGUAUGGAGGAGAGGAUCCAGGCUGACAUCAAACUAUGACUGAAGUACAAUCAGGUGUGAGUGGGUGGAGCUCUUACCUGCAAAUACCUGGACAGGUGUCAGUGGGUGAGACAACUGAAACAAGCUCUGCUGGACUUGUUGAAGUGUGUUUUAAAUAAAAUGUUCUGUAGAUGUUCCAACAUUUCUAUAAACAUGAAAAUAAAAACA